GGGCCUUCCAUUACAUUACAACAGAAGCAAACCCACUUCCGAAUAGGAAACGGAAACGGUCGAGCUUUGGAGAGUGAGCAACAAAAUGGCUACGGCAAUGACGACCUUAUCAUUCUUAUCUUCGAAACUUGAAAGCUCUCAGAAGUCAACACACACUCUAUCUCCUUCCCGCACUCUCUCUGCUCCUCAAAUUCCCCCCUUGAUGCUAAAACUAUCUGGUUUUGUUCCUCUUCUCGGGGCUGGUUUGGCCUUAACUGCAGUGGCUCCCGCCUCAGCUGCCGUUUUACCGUUCCUGGGUCAACUCAAUGAACCCUCUAAUGCACUGUCUUUGCCCACCUGGGCCAUUCAUGUUUCCAGUGUUGUUGAGUGGAUAACUGCUAUGGCUUUGGUGUGGCAAUAUGGGGAGAAAUCUGGGUUUGAAUCUUGGAAGGGACUCUCUUGGGGGAUGGUACCUCUGCUUGGUGGAGCAUUUUGCGCCUGCACAUGGCAUUUCUUCUACAAUUCUGAGUCUCUAGAGGUAUUGGUGGCUCUUCAAGCAGCACUAACGGUAGUGGGUAAUGCCACCAUGUGCAUCGCUGCAUUCCGUAUAUACAAGUCAGUGGAGGAGCGGCCGAAGAAUCUGUGAGUGUUUCCAAGUCUGCAUGCCAUUAUAUGCGCCUGAGUGAAAGCCUGUUUUUCUUAUUGAUGAAUCAAUUAUGCGGUAAGGCGGCUUUGCAUGCUGAAAUAGUGAAACGCUGUUAUUUUGACUGAAACGCUGCUGCUUAUCAGCUGGUGUAUCAUGAGUAGACCAUAUGAACCUGAAGCCUCCAUGAUUAUAAAAGAUUUCGUUGGAGAUCGUUCCGACUUGCCAUUAUGAGCUAUUUUGACAUACUGCUAAGGCAAACAAGAAAGAAGAAGCUAUUGGGUUGUUACUGAUAUGUAAACUUGGGAGGCUGAAAAAGGUGUAGUAGCAUUAUUAAAUGUUUUUUUUUUUUUUGAGAGAACAUUAUUAAAUGUUAAUCAAGUAUAAAUAUGAACUUAUUAAGCGUGCUGUAUCUUUUGAAUACCAUUCUAUGGAGAUAAAUGUUGCUUAA